UAUAAAUAGGCAUUUUUGGCUUUCAAUUAAUUGCCUAAAUACUUUUGAAGAUUGGUUAGCUGAAUCACCAACAUGCCUAAGCAAAUUUGCGGUAACACUGUGCAGCAGGAGAAGGUCUGGCUGAACCCAUUUGAAGUUAGUGAUGAUCAGAUCUUGGAGAAAGUAUACAUAACCCAUUUCCAUUGUGUUGAGAAGUACGAUGUUGGAUCUCUUUAUAAUGUUGCUUCAAACGUUGUCAACCACUCCAUUGAAAUUGCUGAUUUGAUUAAGGAGAAUGGGCAAAAAAUUGAUCAACCCAGAGAAGAAACGGGUCCAUUGAUCUCUUUCACACGAAUCCCUGCCUUGAAGCGAAUUGCUUGCCAGAUGAUAUACACAACUCGUGGGGAGCAAUACGCGCAUGCAACAACAAUGUUGAUCCUGGAACAGCUGAGAGACUAUUCCUGGGAUGCAAAAGCAGUGAUAGUUCUAGCAGCUUUUGCUCAUGAAUAUGGCAAGUUUUGGCAACUUGCCCCUAUUCCACGUGACAAACUUGGGAAAUCAUUGGCAGAGUUGAACAGACUUCAUAGCAUCAUGGAAAACAUAGAGCAACUAGAUGACUUCAACAGUUUGGUGAAGAAGGUCAUGCAAGUGGUUCAAUGCAUCAUUGAUUGGAAGAAGCUCAUUACUGCAGAGUAUAACAUCAAGGAUGUGCCUUCUUUGUCAGACACUUUGCAUGAGAUUCCUGUUCUUGCUUACUGGGCAAUCAGCACCUUGGUCACUUGCACCAGCCACAUUGAUUUCUUGGGUGAUAGGGACUACAGAUACGAAUUAUCCAAAUUUGACUACAGGAUUGACUACAUUCUCAAAAAUUUCAAGGAUCAGCAAGAGAAGUGCAAGACUCAGAUAGGGCGCAUAGAAGAUUACUCGAGGCGCAAGGAUAUUAUCAGUGCCAUUCAAACUGAAAAAGAAAUUGAAAUUGUAAAAUUUUUGGAAGCUCUUAUUAUCUCAAGUGAUACCCAGGAUUCAAGAUCAAUAGUGUAUAAUGGUGUCACCGGAGCACAGGUUGAACUAGUAGAGUUUAAGAAUAAGCAUGUCUUGUUGUUCAUUUCGGGCCUUGACCACAUUGAACAUGAGAUUCAGCUUCUAAAAUCAAUAGAUGAAAAAUUGAAAGAAGAGCAAGAGCCAAAGGAGUUAGAGGGUUACAGGAAAGAGAAUUUCAAGAUUUUGUGGAUCCCAAUAGUGAGUGUUUGGGAUGAAGAGCAAAAGAAAAAGUUAGAAAAUGUCAAGGUUGGGUGGUAUGUGGUGAAGGAAUUCAGUUUCCAAACAGGUAUUGAUCUGAUCAAAGAGGUGUUCAACUACAAGGGUAACCCCAUGAUCAUGCUCAUAAGCCCUGAGGGUAAAGUGGAAAACCCUGAUGCAAAGCAGAUUAUUUCUACAUGGGGCAUUGAUGGCUUUCCUUUCAGAACCUCUGAUCACACAAGACUCACUCAACAAUGGAACUGGUUUUGGACUGAAAUAAUCACCCUCAGUCCACCAAUAAGGGAAUUGAUCAAAAGGGACUCGUACAUCUUCAUCUACGGGGGCACCAACACCAAGUGGAUCCAAGAGUUCACCACAGCAGUGGAGAAACUGAAAAACAACGAAAUUCUGAACCUAGAGGAAACCACAAUCGAGUCCUACCCAUUGGGAAGGGACAACCCCAAGAUCGUUCCACGUUUCUGGAUCACAAUAGACAACUUGCUGGCAAGCAGGAAGCUAGGAAGAAAGCGUGGUGGUGGUGAAGAAGUGCAAGACUCCACAACAGAAGAGAUCCAAAAACUGUUGUCCCUGAAGCAAGAUCCACAAGGGUGGGCCGUUCUCAGCAGAGGCUCUCACGUGAAGGUUCUGGGCCAGGGCGAGGCCAUGCUUCAGACUGUGAGGGACUUCGAUAGUUGGAAGGAGAAGUUGCAGCAAGAGAUAAGCUUCGACGUGGCCUUCAAGGAGCAUUACAAGAAAUGCGAGGCUAAGAGUGUGCCUCCCAAGUGCGAAGAUAGGGAAUUCGCUAACUACCCUGCGGACAUUCUGGCUCACAUACCUUGUCAUAAGUGUGAUCAUGACAUGAAAGUCACUUCUGUUAAGUACAAGUGUUGCCACGGUCGUCAAACAAAUGCAUGAAACAACUCGUGCGUGCAUGCAUGCAUGCAUGCAUGAGGUUUGGUUUGAAUUUGUGCCUCUGGAUUAUUAUUGUUGGUAUAUAGUGAUUUUUGUGGCGAGUAUUAUUGAGUGAAUUGUUUUGGUGAAUAAACUAGAUCUGUGUUCUGCUUGAUUGCGCAGAAUCAUGUACAAGUACAAUAUCCCUUCCUGCUCCCCAAGCUCUUGGUUCGGUUAAAUAUAAUUGGAACUCGGUUCCUUUGUAUACAUUUCGCUCAUGAACUCCAUCUAUAUAUGUAACAAAAUUUAAAUAUUCUUGAAAUAAAACAAAGUCAUGUUUGAUUGGA